CUGAAUUGAAAAAUAAAUAGAAGAGGAGCUUGUUGGUAACCUACUGCACUUGGCUUUUUACUGUAGAAAUACGAGGGGUCUCCUUGAGACUUGAAAGCGAUGGUCAUCGAAGACAAAGAGCUCCAAAUUCAAAGAAAUAUGGCUAUGGUAAGUAAUCCGACGUAAUCUAUGACUUGUUGCUAGUGUUUAUUUGUCAACGACAUCGUAAUAACACUCAACAUCCUCUCGUGCUCACUACCAUAGCCUCUAUCGACUCCUACCUGCGCGCCUUUUACAUGUUUGUUAUAAGUUCCCAUAGAAGCCCAGAUGCGUGAAGAAUGAGAACUUACAUAAUCAAAUCUCUUUUCAAACACCCGUUUACCUUCUCUAUCACAAUCCGAUCGAAAACAACGUCAGCACAGUACGUAGCAUCGAGAGCUAGAGAUGCUACAUUUGAGAAGCUAAUGGACAAGUAUAAAAACUUUGUCAAGGUCAUUGCCAUUCAAGAUUUGAUUCUCUCAAACCCUAACAAAACUCCUCCAUGCAUUUCACUUGAUUUCCUUUCAAAACUUUCUCAGAAGCUCCACCUGAACCGCGGCGCACCUUCGUUUCUCAGAAAGUACCCUCACAUUUUCCACAUUUUCUAUGACCCCGCGAAAUCCCAGGCUUUUUGCAGACUAACUGAUACUGCUCUUGAAAUUUCUCGCAAAGAAGAAGAAGUUGUCAAUGCCUCAUUGCCUCUUGUUGUUGAUCGAUUGGUUCGGCUUUUGUUUAUGUCAACGUCCAAAUCACUGCCACUUCGUGCUGUUUUUAAAGUUUGGAGGGAGCUGGGCCUUCCUGAUGACUUUGAGGAUUCGGUGAUAGUGAAAAACCCGAACCUUUUUAGACUUUGUGAUGGAAAUGAACCCCAUACACAUGUUUUGAAGCUGGUUGGUGAAUUUCCUGGUAAUCAUUUUACGGCAGCUGUUGAAAAUUGGAGGGUUACGGAGUAUUGUAGGGAGGACUGUAGUGUUGAUAGAAUGGACAUGCGGUAUAGUUUUAAACAUGUGUAUCCGCCAGGAAUGAGGUUGAGCAAGACUUUCAGGGCGAAAGUUAAAGAAUGGCAGAGCUUGCCUUAUUUAGGACCCUAUGAGGACUUGAUGGACAAGAAGAAGAAGACUAAGGCAGGACUUAAGGGAUUGGAGAAACGGGCAGUUGCUAUUGUGCAUGAAUUCUUGAGCUUGACAGUGGAGAAAAUGGUGGAAGUGGAGAAGAUCAGUCAUUUCAGGAAUUGUUUCGGGAUUGAUAUGAACAUAAGGGAUUUGUUCUUGGAUCAUCCAGGCAUGUUUUAUUUGUCUACUAAGGGGAAGAGACAUACAGUUUUCUUAAGAGAAGCGUAUGAGAGGGGUCGUUUGAUAGAUCCUAAUCCAGUUUAUGAUGUUAGGAGAAAGCUUCUUGAUCUUGUUUUUCUAGGGCGCCAUGAUAUGCUGAUUAGUAAAUCAAGGUCCGUGGAGAUUGACAAAAGCGAGGAGUCUGGAUCAGAAAAUGAGAAUGUUGACUGAAUUAACAAAUUUUCAGUUGUGUAAGCUUUUGUUUACACAUAGCAUGGUCCAGUCACGUAGAUUCAACAUUUUGUGCUGUAUAAUUGAAGAUUUCCAAAGUGGGGGAAGAUGAUCAUUUGAACAGUUUUUACUGGGCUGACAAAUUGCGCAUCGAAAUAUCAUUGAGCAGGCUCAAGCUAACCAGCUUCGAGCUAUCCAACUUGUCAUGAGUGAUGUUUUCAAACCAUUCUCCAGGAGGGCUAGGCUAACCUACUUCAAACCCACUUGUUAAAGAUAUGUUUUUAAGAUGCUCAUACACUGAAGGUGGAACCAAAAGGCUUGAACUAGAGGACUGCGGAACUUGAAGAAGGGUCCCUGGCACUAUAGUCCGGAUAAGUGAAAACAUGGUACCUGUCAUGUUUUGGGAUGGAGAGGUUCAUGCUGUCAAGGUUGUGCCACUGCUCUUCAACAACUUAGUGCAGGGAGCGAUGAUUUAGAGGAGCUUACAAGUUGAGAUUCAAGAGCAGUAAGCAUUUAUGCAUGUGCAAGGAUUGUGAAGGCUUAGCUUAGUUUCUGUACCCUGUUAAGUCCUGAAAGUCUGUUGAUAUUGAAGCUUCUGUUAAAUUGGGAAACAUCCAUUAAUGCAGAUGUUUCUAGUCAAGACAU